AAGAAGGCGCUUAUUUCUCUGAGAUCAGAAAGAUAGAGAGAUAUAGAGAGAGAAACAGAGAAACAGAGAGAGAGAUAGAGAGAGAAACAGAGAAAGGGAGAGAGAUAGAGAGAGAAACAGAGGGUUCAAUCUAUUUUCAAAGAUUUUGAGUAAUGGCUUCAAGGCAGGUGAUCCAGCAACAGAAAGCAGGAGAGGCAGUAGCUCCGGCAGGUAUUAAGCCCAAGAACAUGGCGGCGGAGAGGAAGAACCGCCGUGCCCUUGGAGAUAUAGGGAAUGUAGUAACAGUUCGCGGUGGUGUAGAGGCCAAGCCGCUUCUUCCUCAGGUUUCUCGACCAAUUACAAGGGGUUUUCGUGCUAAGUUACUCGAGAAUAAUACACAUACCACAGCAAUCGAAAACAAGAGUUUGUUGGUACCGAACGGGGCUCUGCAGGAGAAGAAAGCCGUGGCGAAAAAGCCGAUACAAAAGAAAGCUGUUGUCAUUAGCAAACCUAAUCCCGAGGAGAAAAUCGAGAGUAGCUCCGAUUCUAAUGUAGUUGGUGACAAGGCAAAAAAGCCGGUUAUCAUUAUUCGCAACGAAAACGAUAAGCCGGUCGAAGAAAUGUCGUCUUUGAAAAAGAAAGCUCCAACUCUUACUUCAACUCUCACUGCUAGAAGCAAGGCUGCUCUUCAGAUAGUCGACAUUGAUGCUGAUGACGUGGACAAUGACUUGGCUGUUGUCGAAUAUGUCGAAGAUAUGUACAAGUUCUACAAGUCAGCUGAGAAUGAGGGAAGAGCUCAUGGUUACUUGUUCAUACAACCCGAGAUAAACGAGAAAAUGAGAGCGAUACUCAUCGAUUGGCUUGUUCAAGUACACCAAAAAUUCGAUCUUUCUCCCGAAACACUUUACCUCACAAUUAACAUCAUCGAUCGAUACCUCGCUUCGAAGACUACUCCGAUGAAGGAGCUUCAAUUAGUCGGGAUGAGCUCGAUGCUUAUAGCUUCGAAAUACGAAGAAAUUUGGGCCCCACAGGUUAACGAGCUCGUGUCUAUCUCGGACAAAACUUACACUAACAAACAAGUCUUGACUAUGGAGAAACGGAUUUUAGCCGAACUGGAGUGGAAUUUGACUGUCCCGACGCCUUACGUUUUUCUCGUCCGGUUCAUUAAAGCUUCCAUGACAGGCUUGGAUGUGGAGAAUAUGGUGUACUUUCUUGCGGAGUUGGGAAUGAUGAACUAUGAGAUACUUACGUACAGCCCUUCGAUGAUUGCUGCAUCGGCGGUGUACGCAGCUAGGGCGACGUUGAACACGACUCCACUGUGGAACGAGACGCUCGAAAUGCACACGGGCUUUACGGAAGCGCAGAUAACGGAUUGUGCCAAGGUUUUGGUUAGAUUUCAUUGGAUGGCAGUACAAACACAGCAGCAGAAGCUGAGAGGGGUAUAUAAGAAAUAUUGUGCUUCUGAGAGAAGAGGUGUUGCAGUUUUGCCACCAGCUAAAUUUCUUUUGGAUGCUACUCAUUUAUCUACUGAUAAAUGAUUUUUAUUGUAUUUUUUGAUUUUUUUGAUUUUUUUUAAUUUUUUAAUUGUGUGAAGAAAUAUAAAGAUAUUUUGUUUUUUUCUUGAUCAGUGUCUGAAAUUGAGAUGGUGUGUUGGAUUUGAUUUUCAUGAUGUUAAGUGUUUAGUAGUUAACAUUGGAUAUUGAAAA